AUGGAGCCGAGUGAGGAGCUGACUGACGGAAAUGAGUCCUCAGAUGUGGAUACUCUCCCACAAUCACCAACUCUCCAGCCCAUCUCAGACGAAGAUGAGGACCCCGGGACUUGGUCUGGGGGUCCUGGUCUGAGCUCGGCCCAGCCCUGGCCAGGGGGUCCUGUUCUGAACCCUGUCCAGCCCUGUUCUGGGGGUCCAGGCCUUAGCCCGGUCCGGACCUGGUCUAGGGGCAGACCCAGAGGCCGGUCCAGGGCCUGUCCCGGCUCAGAGCUCUUCUUCUGUGGAUUCUGCAGUCGUGCCUUUAAGUUUCGCUCGGCUCUGGAGAUCCACGUGCGCUCUCACACUGGCGAGCGGCCCUUCACGUGCACGGUGUGUGGGCGGGGCUUCAGUCUCAAAGGAAACAUGAAAACACACCUGAAGACCCACGUGAAGACCCACCGCAGCCGGAACCGCUCUGACCCAGGACUGAUGCCCACCGAGUCCUCUCAGCACGAGCUACACCGCUUCAUCAUGGACCUGAACCGGUCAGGACCGUCCAUGGGCCCCAUCCCAGGGGACCGGUCCUGGCCCUCCAUAGGCCCCAUCCCAGGAGACCGGUCCGGGCCCUCCAUGGGCCCCAUACCAAGGGAGACCAGAGAGCAGUCCAGGUUGACGCCUGAGCCUCAGCCACAACCUGAGCCCGGAGCAGCCGCAGCACACUCGGAGCCGCUGCGCUGUCCAGUGUGCAGUAAGAGCUUCAGCUGGAGGUCCACUCUGUCCGUGCACAUGCGCGUGCACACUGGGGAGCGGCCUUACACCUGCGUCUUCUGUAACCGCAGCUUCUCUGUGAAGGGAAACCUCAAAGACCACAUGAAGCGCCACCUUCAGGACAAACAGUACAUCUGCCCCAUUUGUGGCCUGCGCUUCCACCAUGAGAGGAUACUGCUGAGUCACGUGUCCAUGCACACGCCUCCUACGCCUCACCAAGUACACCAGAGGUCUGUGCACCAGGACCAGAGGUCUGUGCACCAGGACCAGAGCUCUGUGCACCAGGACCAGAGCUCUGUGCACCAGGACCAGAGGUCUGUGCACCAGGGCCAGAGCUCUGUGCACCAGGACCAUAGGUCUGUGCACCAGGACCAGAGGUCUGUGCACCAGGACCAGAGGUCUGUGCACCAGGACCAGAGGUCUGUGCACCAGGACCAGAGGUCUGUGCACCAGGACCAGAGGUCUGUGCACCAGGACCACAGCUCUGUGCACCAGGACCUCCUCUGUCCAUUCUGUGGACUGGUGUUUCACCACGAGAACCUUCUAAUCAGUCAUGUGACUCUGCACACAACAGGGGUCAGGAGGGAGGUCGGGGAAGAUACAGAAGAGGAGGAGGCGGAAGAGGAGGAGGCAGAGGCCCAUGGCAACGUCACUUCCUCUCAGGACAAAGAGCAGCUCUGUCCUCUCUGUGGACUGAAGUUUCCUCAUGUGAAGCUUCUGCUGAGACACCUGAGUGUGCACGCAAUGGGGGAGGAGGGGAGCGUCAAUGAGGGGGGGGGCAGGGCUGAGGAGGAGGGGGGGGAGGAGGUGUUCUUUGCUAUAACCAUUCAGUGA